GUUUCGGUGCCGCUGGCUCCCCUGGGAAGCGCGUAACUCACAUGGAGGGAGACGACCUGUGCAGGCUGAUAGACAGAAAGUUUCUGAUAGAGGACAAGAAACGCCUCUGCGCGCUGGCUUUGGGCACCGCUUUGGUGGGGAUCUUGCUGAUGAUAAUCCACGCUGAAAUUUGCCCCUAUGUUUACGAACCGGGCUCAAAAGUGUCCUUGGUAAUCAACUGCUCCAUCAGCCUGUCCACUGGGUGUCUCCUCAUCCUCAUCAUAGCCUUCCAUUAUAAGGACAUCAGGCUGUUCAUCAUUGAUCACAAGGAGGUGGACUGGAGAAUAGCUAUAACAAGUCACAGGGUUCUUGUGAUCACCCUGGAGCUGCUGGUUUGUGUCAUCCAUCCAGUUGGCUCGUACUGGGAGAUGGACCUCUACUCCAACUCCUCCUCCGCCGCUCCUCUCUGCAUUUCCAGACACCACGAUAAGGCCCUGCUGGACAUGGAGCUGUUGCUGUCCAUGCUCAUGUUCCUGCGCCUCUACCUGGUUCACAGAGCCAUCCUGCUGCACAGCAAAGUGCUCCUGAGCGCCUCCUACAGGAGCAUUGGCUCGCUUAACAACAUCAACUUCACUUUUCGCUUUGUUCUGAAGGUACUGAUGAACAAACACCCGGCGCGUGUGCUGCUGGUGUUUAUCCCUUUCUGGCUCACAGCGUCGUGGAUGCUGACGCUGUGUGAGAGGCGGUCUGAGUCGCUGACGACGGGCCAAAUGGACACCGCCUUGUGGCUCAUCGCCAUCACCUUCCUCACUGUGGGCUACGGAGACGUUGCACCCAAGACCAGCUGUGGCAAGGGGGUGUGUCUCUUUACCGGUGUCAUGGGUGUUGCCUGCACUGCUAUGCUGGUGGCCAUCGUUACCGAGAAGCUGGCGCUGAACAAAGGAGAGAAGCAUGUGCACUUCUUCAUGAUGGACAUCCAGAUUUCUAAAAGGAUCCGGCACGCUGCUGCUAAUGUUCUGAGAGAAUGCUGGCUGCUGCACCGUGCUAGCCCGGCGAAGGGCAGCCGGGACGAGCUUCGACGACACCAGCGAUGUCUUCUGGAAGCCAUCAGAGUAUUUCGACAUUUGCGCCUCAAACAAAGAAAACUGAGAGAUUAUGUCAGUGAGAUGGUCGACCUCCCAAAGAUGCAGAUGAUCAUGUGUGACCUCAGCGCCAACUGGAACAACUCCUACCGAGAGCUGGAGCAGAGGAUUCUCUUCAUGGAGCAGAAGCUGGACGAGUUGACUCGCUGCUUCCAGCAGACUUCAGAGCUGCUAUUUGAGGUCCUACGUCACAGAAACCCUGAGAUCAGGUGACAUGGCUGCAAGCACUUUCUUUGCCCUACAUGUCGGUGUCUGCUGCAUUUCCGUCUGCAGCGUCCUGGCUGUCCAGAGCUGCUGGAGAACGGUUUCAGUAAACAUCUCAUCCACUGGCUCAGCGUUGCACAUGCCACUCAGUGACUCAUUCUGUGAAGUUACAGAUGACUUUACAUUUUCAGAAAGUGGAACUGUCAAAGGCUUUUGGGAAGUCUGCUGUGCAGUGAGACAAAGAACUGAUCUAAAAGAACUGUAGAUUACAUUAUGUUAUCAAAGUUUGUCUAAACUGACUUUUUUAUGAAUAAUUAUUACCACAUUAUUCCUGUGGAAUUUGAGAUGAUUUUAGUUCUGUUUUUUUUUUUUUUGAGGUGAUUUCUAUAUAAUUCUCUCUAGGUUUUAGGAAAACCUCAAAUUGCUUUUCUUUAUUGUUGUUUAAUGAUUAUUUCAGUGCUUUCUGUUUGCAAACACUUAAAUUUUGACAUCAUUUCUAACAAGUGCUAAGGUCUUAUUAUUUUUACUCCUGAGCCAUUGUUCUAAAAUAUGGAUUCCAGAACACAAAAUGCAAGAUUAAUCACCAAGACUUAAGAGAAUUUAUUUUUGACAU